AUGUGGACGACCUCCAGCGGCUUGAGUGGUCGGCCACUCCGGCUGAGCAUCACCUUCGCGGCUGUCGUUGGUUUCUCGCUGUUCGGCUAUAACCAAGGCAUGAUGGCCGGUCUCCUGAACGGUGACGAGUUUGUUAGCUCUUUUCCUAUCCUCGCAAUGCCUGAAAACCCGACUGCAUCUGAAAAGCACUAUAUCGACGUUAUCCGCGGUGCUGUGACAUCGUGUUAUGAACUUGGCUGCUUCUUCGGCGCUAUGUUCUCUAUGUUUUUCGGCGACAGACUCGGCCGCACCCGUCUCAUCUGUCUGGGCGCCAGCGUUUUGAUUCUGGGUGCUCUGAUCACAUCCGUUUGCUAUACCGGUCAUUGGGAAGUUGGUCAGUUUGUUAUCGGCCGUGUGGUGUCAGGUAUUGGAAAUGGAUUGAACACGGCCACAAUCCCGGUUUGGCAAUCGGAAUGCUCUGGUGCCCAUAACCGUGGCUUCCUGGUCUGUUUCGAGGGCGCAAUGAUUGCUGGUGGCACUUUCAUUGCUUACUGGGUGGUCUUUGGUCUUUCACACGCUCUGGACUCGGUUCAAUGGCGAUUCCCCAUAGCCCUUCAGAUCUUCUUUGCUUUGAUCGUGGCUGCUGGUGCCAUAAUGCUGCCGGAUUCUCCAUCGUGGUUCGCAAAAAUGGGCCAUGACAAAGAAGCCUGUGAGGUUCUUGGUAAAUUGAAGGGAGCGUCUCCUGACUCUGAUGAGGUGCUUCGCGAUUUCAACUUCUUGAAAACGGAUAUCGAAUCGUCUAAAAACACAGAAGCAAGUUGGAAGACUGUCUUCACAUUUGGAAAGACACAGGAGUUUCAACGUCUUCUCAUCGGUUGCUCUGGACAAUUCUUCCAACAAUUCACAGGCUGUAACGCCGCUAUCUAUUAUUCCACGCUUCUCUUCCAAGAGAAUCUUGGCAUGGAAAAAUAUCUUUCUCUGAUUAUGGGUGGUGUGUUUGCAACGGUUUAUGCGUUAGCAACUAUCCCAUCCUUUUUCAUGAUCGAAAAGGUUGGCCGCCGAAACCUUUAUUUGAUCGGUUUCCUGGGCCAAGGGCUCAGUUUCGUUAUCACAUUCGCUUGUUUGAUUAAAGAAACCGAACAAAACUCCAAGGGUGCCGCCGUUGGAAUCUUCCUCUUCAUCACUUUCUUCGCGUUCACUCUCCUGCCAUUACCCUGGAUCUAUCCACCCGAGAUCAACCCUCUCCGUACUCGCACGAUCGGUGCAUCCGCUUCGACGUGCACGAAUUGGAUUUGCAAUUUCGCCGUGGUCAUGUUCACUCCACUUUUCGCCGGCCAGAGUCCAUGGGGAGUUUAUCUCUUCUUCGCUCUAUUCAACUUUGUGGGCCUGAUCUUUGGAUUCUUCUUCUAUGUCGAAACCGCUGGGCGUGAACUCGAGGAGGUCGACAUCGUUUAUGCUAAAGCUCAUGUGGAAGGAAAGAUGGCAUGGAGAGUUGCCAACGACUUGCCUAAGCUUACCUUCGAAGAGAUCACUCAGUACUCUCGCGAGCUGGGCCUGGAUACCAAUGAUCAUGGUGUGCAUGAGAAGAAUGAGGCUGGCCUCAGUAGUGAGAGUGACCAGAAGGUCGAUGAGGUUCAGGAGAAGUAG